AUGCCACACCCUCAGUUUCACGCCUCCCCAUUCCCGAACUCCCCUUGUCCGUCGGUCCCUUGGCGUCUUGCCCUUCCCUGCAGGCAGCAAAGGCGCGACGGUAGCAAGCGGCUCGCUCUCACUGUCUCUCCGCCACCAAUCCUCCUCUCCCCCACCCCCGCCGUCCCUCCUUUCCCCCGUUACCAUUCAAACCUUCCCCCCGUCCCCGUCCCUCCUUCCAUCAGUGUCCUCCCACCAUUCACCCCUCUCCCGGCCAUCCCUUUCCCCCCUCUCCUGUCCCUCCCCAUUCCCCUCAUCCGACCCUUCCCUUUCCACUAUGACCCCACGGUGGCAGGCGUGACGACAUCCAACCCUCUGCUCCACCGCUCCCAACUCCACUGCUUCCCUUCACCCACCCCGCUGCUUCCCUUCACCCACCCAACUACUUCCCUUCACCCACCCCAUCACUUUGUGUCGUCGCGCACCCCACUGUUUCUGCCAACCCUCCAUUCAAUUUCCCCAUCGAACAUUUUUCACUUCUUCGGCUGGUGUCCUUCCCUAUCCCCCUCCCCCCCUGCUAUCGGUGGACAGCUGCAUCAAUAA